AUGGUAAAAAAUCAAUUACAUACUGAUCAAACACGACUUAAUCAUGAAAUUGAUUCACUUAGAAAACAAUUAGACGAUAAUAAUAAUGAUAAAAAACAAGAAAUCGAACAAUUAAAAACCGAUUUAAUAGAACAAAACAAUCGAUUCGAACACGAGAAAAAUGAAUUAAAACAAACGAUUAAUCAACAUGAACAAAUAAAUGUACAGUUAAAUACGAUUCAAAAUGAAAAAAAUAAUAUUGAACAACAAUUACAAACAACACUUUCUCAAUUAAAUAUUAAACUCGAUCAAAAAGACGAUUAUAUUAAACGUUUAUCGACGGUUAUCCAUCGUGCAUAUAAAAUUUAUCAGCAUCUUCAACAAAAUAUUCAUACUAAUCAAAUAAAUCUAUUGACUAUUAUUGAGCAGGCUGAACAAGAGUCUCCAUCAAUUCGUUCAAAAACAUUAGAACAAAUUCGUGAAGAAUUUACUAAUUAUUUAACUAUUGUUCAUACAAUAAUUACUGAUAGUAAGACCAAAUUAGAAAAACAAACUGAAAUAGAUAAUUUGAAACAUCUCGAACAAAAACAACAAAUAGAAAAACAAUUGAAUACAAUCAAACCUGAAUAUAAUAAAUUAAUGAAAGAAUAUCACGAACAAAAACAAAAGUUUGAAAUACAAUUAGGCGAACUUAAUCAUAAUUUAUUACAGGUUUCGGAAUCAUUAUCUAAUGCUACUCAAACUAUAGAUCUUCAACGAGAAAAAUAUGAAAAACAAAUUAAAUCAUUAGAAUGUGAACUUGAAUCACGAACUAAAAAACAUGAAAUGCAGCUAUCAGCAUUAACUGAAAAUUUAGCUACUGUACGAAGUGAACUUAGAACAACUAAUGAAAAAUUAUCAAAUGUUGAUCAAAUUAAAUCAGAUAAAACUGAAGCGCGUUUAGUUGUAAGUCAAGAUGAACGUCGUGUUUUAUUAGAACGAUCAUUAGCAAGUGAAAGUAAAAAUGAAAAACUUCUAUUUGAAAAUAAUCAAUUAACAAAGAAAAAUACGGAUUUGGAAUCAGCUUUACAAGAAAUAGCUCGAGAAUAUCAAGUUCUUCAAAUUCAAACAAAUAAAUUAAAUCAACGUCGUUGGUUAAAUGAUGAUGAUGUUUAUGAUUGUAUGAAAUGUAAACAAACUUUUUCAGUUACACAACGUAAACAUCAUUGUCGAAAUUGUGGAAAUAUAUUUUGUGAUAAUUGUUCAUCAAAAACAGCUGUUGUUGCAGCAUCAUCAAAAAAACCACAACGAGUUUGUGAUCAAUGUUAUAAAGACUUGACUUCUUAA